AUGGAGAGUAACAAUCAGACCUCCCUUGUGACCCGUUUCAUUCUCCUGGGCCUCUCCGCCCACCCAAAGCUGGAGAAAACCUUCUUCCUGCUCAUCCUGCUGAUGUACCUGGUGAUCCUGCUGGGCAACGGGGUCCUCAUCCUGGUGACCAUCCUCGACACCCACCUGCACACGCCCAUGUACUUCUUCCUGGGGAACCUCUCCUUCCUGGACAUCUGCUACACCACCUCCUCGGUCCCCCUCAUUCUCGACAGCUUCCUGACCCCCAGGAAGAGCAUCUCCUUCUCAGCCUGUGCGGUGCAAAUGUUUCUCUCCUUUGCCAUGGGAGCCACAGAGUGUGUGCUCCUGAGUAUGAUGGCGUUUGAUCGCUAUGUGGCCAUCUGCAACCCCCUUAGGUACCCAGUGAUCAUGAGCAAGGCUGCCUAUGUGCCCAUGGCUGCCGGCUCCUGGGCAGGUGGAAUUGCUGCCUCCACGGUUCAAACAUCCCUUGCAAUGCGACUGCCCUUCUGUGGGGACAAUGUCAUCAAUCACUUUACCUGUGAGAUCCUGGCUGUCCUGAAACUGGCCUGCGCUGACAUCACCAUCAAUGUCAUCAGCAUGGGCGUGACAAAUAUAAUCUUUCUAGGGGUCCCAGUUCUCUUUAUUUCUCUCUCCUACACCUUCAUACUCACCACCAUCCUGAGGAUCCCCUCCGCUGAGGGGAGGAGGAAGGCCUUCUCCACCUGCUCUGCCCACCUCACUGUGGUCAUUGUCUUCUAUGGGACCAUCCUCUUCAUGUACGGGAAGCCCAAGUCCAAGGACCCCCUGGGGGCAGACAAGCAGGACCUUGCAGACAAGCUCAUCUCCCUCUUCUAUGGGGUGGUGACCCCCAUGCUGAACCCCAUCAUCUACAGCCUGAGGAACAAGGACGUGAGGGCUGCUGUGAGGAACCUGGUGACUCAGAAGAACUUAAAGCAGUGA